AAAGAAUAACACCAAAACAUAAAAAACAAAAGAAAAAAAAAAAGAUAAAUGAAGAAGCAUCCACCCCAUUUUCAUUUGAAAAACCUCUCUCUUUUUACUCAAAAGUCAACUCUCCCCCUACUUCUUUCCAUUUCACUCCCCCCAUCUUCCACGCCUCUUCUCUUUCUCUCUCUUCCAACCACCCUUUCUUUCUCUCUCCUCCAUUUUUUCCUUCACCUUCUUCCUUCUUUACCUUAGCUAUGAAAUUCCAAUUCCGACAAUAAUCUUCAUUUUUAUCACUAUUUUCAGACACCCUUUUAUACAAUUAACUUAUACCCAAUUCAUUCAAUUGAAAACCCAUUUGUUUGCUGAUUUGAAAAAAAUAAAAUGGGUAAUGGAAUCGGAAAACUUGGUAUAUGUUUCACGGGCUCUGGAGAGGCCCGACGGGCUAAUAAGCAAAAACAUGGUAUGUACAUGGACCAAUACGACGAGGGAUUGGGCCAUUCUUUCUGCUACGUUCGGCCCGACCCGAAGACCCGGAUGUCUAACCCGUUAGCCUCUGCAUCGUCGAAGAUCCACUCGGAGGAAUCGGCGGCUGGUGUUUCGAUAUUCCGGUCGAUCUCCGGCGCUUCGGUGUCGGCGAAUACCUCAACGCCGUUAUCCACCGCUUUUGUGGCUGACCCAACUGCCACGUCAGCCACAGCCGCCUUCUUCGAGAGCUCCACAUCAUUCGCUUCCGUCCCACUUCAGCCAAUCCCACGCGGAUCCUCCCUCAAUUCGGGUCCACUGUCGGGUCCAAUCAGUAUUGAUCGCGGGUUCAUGUCGGGUCCAAUUGAACGAGCCGGGUUCUUAUCCGGCCCACUGGAUCGUGCAGGUCCUGCUCUCUUCUCUGGACCACUUGAUCGGAGCUUAUCAGUGCAGGGGAAUUGGACCGGGCUCAAGCUUAAGAAACGACCCGGUUCAUUGAUCCGUGGGCUUCGGCAUGCGAUCUCGAAAACAUUCGGGCAGAGCUCGGUUGCCCCGAUCAAAGGUGGCGGCGGUGUUGGGCAGGAUAAUUGGGUAAUUGGUGGGCCCGUACCUGGGCCCGGGCCCGAAAUGAGUGGGAGCUUGAACAUGAGCUCGGAGAUGAGUUUAGGUGAGAGUGAUUCAUGGGAGAGUCAGAAUCUUCAGUGGGCGCAGGGGAAAGCAGGGGAGGAUCGUGUACAUGUGGUUGUAUCAGAAGAACAUGGUUGGGUUUUUGUAGGGAUUUAUGAUGGAUUCAAUGGUCCUGAUGCUACUGAUUUUUUACUGUCAAAUUUGUAUUCAAAUGUUCAGAAAGAGCUCAAGGGUUUGUUGUGGGAUGAUAAUAGUAAGUUUGAUUCAUCUUGUUCAUCAUCAAAUCUUCCUAAUAAUAGCUGUUCAUCUUCUGAAAGUAGUAGUAAUAGUAGUAGAAGUAGUAGUUGUAGUUCAGAUAUUGAGUCUUGUGAGUUUUUCGACCGCGAAAAUUAUGCUGAAAGUAGUGUAAGUGGUGGGGAAACUGUUGAUUGUGGGAAUGGGAAUGGUAAAAGGGGGAGGAAUUCAUCAAAGAGUAAGUUUAAAGGGGCAACUAAGAAAUGGGAAGAGAAUCAAAGGAGAUGGAAGUGUGAAUGGGAUAGAGAAAGAUUAGAGCUUGAUAGGAGAUUAAAAGAGCAAUGGAAUAGGAAUGAUUCUGAGGGUAAAUCGAUCAAUCAUUCCGAUGUUUUGAAGGCGUUGUCUCGGGCUUUGAAGAAGACAGAGGAAGCUUAUUUAGACAUUGCUGAUAAGAUGGUGGAUGAAAACCCUGAGUUAGCUUUGAUGGGUUCUUGCGUUCUUGGUAUGUUGAUGAAAGGGGAGGAUGUUUAUUUGAUGAAUGUUGGUGAUAGUCGAGCCGUUUUGGCGCAAAAUAAAGAGCCUGAUCUUAGACUUGGUAAAAUUGAUCAGGAUUUGGAAAGGAUUAAUGAGGAAUCAAUGUAUGACUUUGAAGUAUCAGAUGGUGUCAAACCUAGUCUUAGAACUUUCCAACUUACAAUGGAUCAUAGUACUUGUGUUGAAGAGGAAGUGCAACGAAUCAGAGAUGAACACCCAGAUGAUGCAUUUGCCAUUGUCAAUGAUCGCGUCAAAGGUUCUUUGAAGGUUACUCGGGCUUUUGGUGCUGGUUUUCUUAAGCAGCCUAAAUGGAAUGAUGCGCUGCUAGAGAUGUUCCGAAUUGACUAUGUUGGAACUUCACCAUAUAUCAGUUGUCAUCCAUUUUUGUAUCACCAUAGAUUAGGCCCGAAGGAUCAAUUCUUGAUAUUAUCCUCUGACGGGCUAUAUCAGUACUUCACAAACGAGGAAGUUGUCGCUGAAGUGGAGCUCUUCAUCUCAUUGUACCCCGAAGGUGACCCUGCUCAACAUUUGGUUGAGGAAGUUUUGUUUCGUGCAGCAAAGAAAGCUGGUAUGGAUUUCCAUGAGUUGCUAGAAAUACCUCAAGGGGAUCGUCGUAGGUACCAUGACGAUGUCUCAAUCAUCAUCAUUUCUUUCGAAGGCAGGAUAUGGAGAUCAUGUGUAUAAGUUCUACAAACGGUACAAGAUGUAGAAAAAGCUAGGAAAAAAUCCAAAAAAAAAAAAAAAAAAAAAAAAAGAGAAAGCUAAACAAAGGUUUUUUUUUUAAUUUAUUUUAUUUUAUCCUUGUCACCUACAUAACAUCAUUAAAACAGCUCUAUAAAGAGCUAAAAAUGUUUAGUUAUGGUCUUGACAUGGUGAUAGGAAUUGUAUAGACAUAAAGAGGUAGUUAUGCUGAGGAAAAUCCAUUAUCUUGUUAUUAAGAAGAAAAAAAUGGUGUAAUUGCUGAAUAAAAUUGGAUAAUAUAUACAAAUUUUGUUGAUCAUA